GUAUAUUUUCAACUUGUGGUCACGCUGCACAAAACAGCGGCGGUGCAAAAUAUUUACGCGAUAAAAACAUAAAUAAUAAGUGAAUUGUGCAGUAAAAACACUAGGAAAACAUUUAUUCAACAUGGCUGAUGCCGCAGCACGUCAAUUGCAGUACGAGUACAAAGCGAACUCGAAUCUUGUGCUGCAAGCUGAUGUACGUCUAAUUGAAAGACCACGUCGCGAUGAAGCCACCGGGGAAGUAUGCUCGCUAGUGGGCAAACUGGAUGGCACCCGUAUGGGCGAUCGGUACCAACGCACAAAGCCGGAGAAAACGGAGGAGCGCAAGGUGAAGCGUCAGAAACGUGAUGAAGCACAGUACGAUUUUGAGCGCAUGAAGGGUGCAACUCUGCUCUCGGAAGGCAUAGACGAAAUGGUGGGUAUCGUGUAUCGGCCCAAAACGCAGGAGACACGACAGACCUACGAAGUACUCUUAAGUUUCAUCCAAGAGGCGCUCGGCGAUCAGCCGCGUGAUAUUCUUUGUGGUGCCGCCGAUGAAAUAUUGGCUGUGUUGAAGAACGAGCGGCUUAAGGAUCGUGAGCGUAAACGGGAUGUGGACAGUUUACUGGGCGAAGUGACGGAUGAACGCUUUGCACUGCUUGUCAAUCUGGGCAAGAAGAUUACAGACUUUGGCAGCGAUGCGGUAAAUGCGCUUACAGCAGCCACCAACAAUGAGGAGCAAAUUGACGAAACCUACGGUAUCAAUGUGCAGUUCGAGGAGUCCGAAGAGGAGAGUGACAACGAUAUGUAUGGCGAGAUUCGCGACGACGAUGCACAGGAUGAGGGCGAAGAAGCACGCAUUGAUCACACGUUGCAUGCUGAGAAUCUUGCCAGCGAAGAGGCCGCCAGCAAUGUGAAAAAGGAUCGCUCACUGCACCCAUUGGACAUUGAUGCCUACUGGCUGCAGCGUUGCCUCAGCAAGUACUACAAAGAUGCUAUGGUUUCGCAGAGCAAGGCAGCUGAUGUGCUCAAAAUUCUAAAGGAUGCUGCCGAUGAGCGCGACUGCGAGAAUCAAUUGGUGCUGCUGCUUGGCUAUGACUGCUUCGAUUUUAUCAAACAGUUAAAGCUCAACCGUCAGAUGAUUCUCUACUGUACCAUGCUAGCCUCGGCGCAAACAGACAGCGAGCGACAGCGCAUCAGGGAAAAGAUGCGCGGAAACACAGCGUUGGCCAAGAUCUUGCGGCAAUUGGAUACGGGCAAAGCUGAUGAGCAAGAAGAGGCAGAUGCACGUGCAAAUAAGCGUGGCAAAGGCGACGCAGACGAUGGCGGAGCUGCUGCUGCCGGGCAGGUGGCUGGCGUGCGUCAAUUGCUCGAACUAGACGAGUUGGCAUUCACGCAGGGCUCGCAUUUCAUGGCCAACAAGCGUUGUCAACUGCCCGAUGGCAGUUAUCGCAAGCAGCGCAAAGGCUAUGAGGAGGUGCAUGUGCCUGCACUGAAGCAGGUGCCAUUCGAUGCCGACGAAGAGCUCCAGCCCAUUGACAAGCUCCCCAAGUAUGUGCAGCCGGUGUUCGAUGGCUUCAAGACGCUGAAUCGCAUACAGAGUCGUCUUUACAAAGCGGCCUUGGACAGCGAUGAGAACAUGCUGUUGUGUGCGCCAACGGGAGCAGGUAAAACCAAUGUGGCCUUGCUCACCAUGAUGCGUGAGAUUGGUAAGCACAUCAACGAGGACGGCACCAUCAAUGCGCAGGACUUCAAGAUCAUUUACGUCGCCCCCAUGAAAUCGCUGGUACAGGAAAUGGUUGGCAACUUUGGCCGACGCUUGGCCUGCUACAAUCUGACGGUAUCCGAGUUGACGGGAGAUCAUCAAUUGACGCGCGAACAGAUCGCAGCUACGCAAGUGAUUGUCUGCACCCCAGAGAAGUGGGAUAUCAUCACACGCAAGGGCGGUGAACGCACAUUUGUGAGUCUAGUACGUUUGGUCAUCAUCGAUGAGAUCCAUUUGCUUCACGACGAGCGUGGUCCAGUGCUGGAAGCACUCGUUGCACGUACCAUCCGCAACAUUGAGACCACACAGGAGGAUGUGCGUUUGGUUGGCUUGUCAGCCACACUGCCCAACUACCAAGAUGUGGCUACGUUUUUGCGUGUAAAGCCGGAUAAGGGACUCUUCUAUUUUGACAACAGUUAUCGUCCCGUUGCGCUAGAACAGCAAUAUAUUGGUGUGACCGAGAAGAAGGCGCUGAAGAGAUUCCAGGUCAUGAACGAAAUUGUGUAUGAGAAAACCAUGGAACAUGCUGGUCGCAAUCAAGUGCUUGUAUUUGUGCACUCACGUAAGGAGACAGGCAAAACCGCAAGAGCCGUUAGAGACAUGUGCCUGGAACAGGAUACGUUGGGCAGCUUUUUACGCGAAGGUUCAGCGAGCAUGGAAGUCUUGCGCACGGAAGCAGAGCAAGUGAAAAACACCGAGUUAAAGGAAUUAUUGCCCUAUGGCUUUGCUAUACAUCACGCUGGCAUGACGCGUGUGGAUCGUACACUCGUUGAGGAUCUGUUUGCGGAUCGUCACAUCCAAGUGCUGGUGUCGACGGCCACCUUGGCAUGGGGUGUCAAUCUGCCUGCGCAUACGGUCAUUAUCAAGGGCACACAGGUGUAUAAUCCGGAGAAGGGACGCUGGGUGGAGUUGAGUGCGCUCGAUGUGCUCCAGAUGUUGGGUCGCGCUGGUCGUCCCCAAUACGACACCAAGGGCGAGGGAAUCUUGAUCACCAAUCACAGCGAACUACAGUUUUACCUGUCGCUGUUGAAUCAACAGUUGCCUAUUGAAUCACAGUUCAUCUCGAAGCUGCCGGACAUGUUGAAUGCAGAAAUUGUGCUGGGCACUGUGCAGCAUCUACAGGAUGCUGUCAACUGGCUGGGUUACACCUAUCUCUACAUACGCAUGCUGCGCAAUCCAACAUUGUACGGCGUCUCACAUGAUGCCAUCAAAGCAGAUCCCAUGCUGGAGCAGCAUCGUGCGGAUUUAUUGCAUACGGCAGCCUGUUGCUUGGAGCGUAGUGGAUUAGUGAAAUACGAACGCAAAACGGGACACUUCCAGGUGACGGAUCUGGGACGCAUUGCAUCGCAUUAUUAUUUAACGCACGAAACCAUGUUGACUUAUAAUCAGCUGUUGAAGCAAACUCUCAGCGAGAUUGAACUUUUCCGCGUGUUUUCGCUCUCUUCGGAGUUCCGUCACAUUUCUGUGCGCGAGGAGGAAAAACUGGAGCUGCAGAAGCUGAUGGAACGCGUGCCCAUACCCAUUAAGGAGUCCAUCGAGGAGCACAGCGCCAAGGUGAAUGUGCUACUGCAAGCCUACAUCUCGCAGUUGAAACUGGAGGGCUUUGCACUGAUGUCCGACAUGGUUUUCAUCACACAAUCCGCAGCGCGUCUGAUGCGCGCCAUCUUUGAGAUUGUGCUUACCCGCGGCUGGGCGCAGUUGGCGGACAAAACGCUAACGCUCUGCAAGAUGAUUGAUCGUCGCAUGUGGCAAUCGAUGACGCCCUUGCGACAGUUCAAAAAGAUGCCCGACGAAAUUGCCAAGAAGCUGGAGAAGAAGCACUUCCCAUGGGCGCGUCUCUAUGAUCUGGAACCGCACGAGUUGGGCGAGUUGAUACGCGUGCCCAAGCUGGGCAAGACCAUACAUAAGUAUGUGCAUCAGUUCCCUAAGCUGGAGCUGUCCACGCACAUACAACCGAUCACAAGAGCCACGCUGCGUGUGGAGUUGACCAUCACACCGGAUUUCCAGUGGGAUGAGAAAGUGCACGGCCAAUCUGAGGGUUUCUGGGUGCUGAUCGAAGAUGUGGACUCGGAACUUAUACUGCAUCAUGAGUUCUUCUUGCUCAAACAUAAGUAUGCACAGGACGAGCAUCAGCUGAAGUUCUUUGUGCCCGUCUUUGAGCCGUUGCCACCGCAAUAUUUUCUGCGUAUUGUCUCCGAUCGCUGGAUUGGCGCCGAGACUCAGUUGCCCGUCUCUUUCCGGCAUCUAAUACUACCCGAGAAGAACAUGCCGCCCACCGAGCUGUUGGAUCUGCAACCGCUGCCCAUAAGCGCUUUGCGUCAACCCAAAUUUGAAGCUUUCUACAAUCAACGCUUUCCGCAAUUCAAUCCCAUUCAGACGCAAGUCUUUAAUGCCGUCUACAACAGCGAUGACAAUGUGUUUGUGGGCGCUCCAACAGGCUCCGGUAAGAUGACAAUUGCCGAGUUUGCCAUCAUGCGACUGUUCAGCCAAAGCACCGACGGACGUUGCGUUUAUUUGGUCUCCCAGGAAGCGCUCGCCGAUUUGGUGUUUGCCGAUUGGCAUGCCAAGUUUGGUGCACUGGACAUCAAGGUGGUGAAGCUGACGGGCGAAACUGGAACGGAUCUAAAGCUGAUUGCCAAGGGACAACUGGUCAUUACUACAGCGGACAAGUGGGAUGUAUUAUCGCGUCGUUGGAAGCAGCGCAAGAAUGUGCAACAAGUACAACUGUUUAUUGUGGACGAACUGCAGCUGGUCGGCGGCGAGGAGGGACCCGUCAUGGAGAUCGUCUGCUCUCGUAUGCGUUACAUUAGCUCUCAGAUUGAGAAACAAAUUCGAAUUGUAGCAUUAUCCGCUUCUCUUACUGAUGCUCGCGAUGUGGCUCAAUGGCUGGGAUGCAAUCCAAAUUGCACAUUUAAUUUCCAUCCGAGUGUGCGUCCCAUUCCGCUGGAGCUGCACAUCCAAGGAUUCAAUGUCACCCAUAAUGCCACACGCAUUGCCACAAUGUCGAAGCCCGUGUACAAUGCCAUUCUCAAGUACAGCGCUCACAAGCCUGUCAUAGUGUUUGUCUCGUCACGGAAACAAGCUAGGUUAACAGCCAUCGAUAUACUCACGUAUGCCGCAUCGGAUCUGCAGCCGAAUCGCUUCUUCCACGCUGAGGAGGAGGACAUACAACCUUUCCUCGAACGCAUGUCGGACAAGACGCUCAAGGAGACGUUGGCUCAGGGUGUGGCUUAUCUGCAUGAAGGCUUGUCUGCCUCGGAUCAUCGUCUGGUGGAGCAACUAUUCGAUUCGGGCGCUGUGCAACUGGCUGUUGUGUCGCGUGAUCUAUGCUGGGGCAUGAGCAUCUCGGCGCAUUUGACUAUUGUCAUGGACACACAGUUCUACAAUGGCAAGAAUCACUCGUAUGAGGAUUAUCCCAUUACGGAUGUGCUGCAGAUGAUCGGACGCGCCAAUCGACCCAACGAGGAUGCGGAUGCCAAGUGUGUGCUCAUGUGCCAGAGUUCCAAAAAGGAUUUCUUCAAGAAGUUCAUCAACGAACCUUUGCCCAUCGAAAGCCAUUUGGAUCAUCGUAUGCACGAUCAUUUCAAUGCCGAGGUGGUCACCAAAACCAUUGAGAACAAGCAGGAUGCUGUGGAUUACCUGACCUGGACGUUCCUUUAUCGACGCUUGACACAGAAUCCCAACUAUUACAAUCUGCAGGGCGUUACGCAUCGUCAUCUGUCUGACCAUUUGUCAGAAUUGGUAGAGAAUACACUUAGCGAUUUGGAGCAGUCGAAGUGUAUUAGUGUGGAGGACGACAUGGACACAUUGCCACUCAAUCUGGGCAUGAUUGCGGCCUACUACUACAUCAACUACACAACGAUUGAGCUUUUCAGUUUGUCGCUGAAUAGCAAGACCAAGGUGCGUGGUCUGCUGGAGAUCAUUUCGUCAGCUGCGGAGUACGAGGAUGUGGUGGUCAGGCAUCAUGAGGAGCAGGUGUUGCGGACGCUAUCCCAACGUUUACCAAACAAACUCACGGGACCCAAUGAAACUGCACCCAAAUUCAAUGAUCCUCACAUUAAGACCAACCUGCUGCUCCAAGCACAUCUGUCCAGGUUGCAACUGGGUCCCGAGCUACAAGGCGACACCGAACAAAUCCUCAGCAAGGCCAUACGCCUCAUCCAGGCUUGUGUGGAUGUACUCAGCUCGAAUGGUUGGCUAUCACCUGCUGUGGCUGCCAUGGAACUGGCUCAGAUGGUCACGCAGGCCAUGUGGAGCAAGGACUCGUAUCUGCGGCAGCUGCCACACUUUAGUGCCGAGAUCACUAAACGCUGCACAGAUAAGAAAAUCGAAACCGUUUUCGAUAUUAUGGAACUGGAGGAUGAGGAUCGUACGCGGCUACUGCAGCUGUCCGAUGCCCAAAUGGCUGAUGUGGCACGUUUCUGCAACCGUUAUCCUAACAUUGAACUCAACUACGAGGUGGUCGAUAAGGAUCGCAUCAAUUCCGGCUCAACGGUCAAUGUGGUCGUACAACUGGAGCGUGAGGAUGAGGUUACUGGUCCCGUGAUUGCGCCCUUCUUCCCGCAGAAACGUGAAGAGGGCUGGUGGGUGGUCAUCGGGGAUCCGAAGACUAAUUCCCUGCUCUCCAUUAAACGAUUGACUCUGCAGCAAAAGGCCAAGGUUAAGUUGGACUUUGUAGCUCCCAGUCCGGGUAAACAUGAUUAUACAUUGUACUACAUGAGCGAUUCAUAUUUGGGUUGCGAUCAGGAGUAUAAGUUCUCCAUUGAGGUGGGAGAUUUCCAGUCGGAGAGCGAAAGCGAGUCCGAAUAAGUUCUCUAGCGAUAACUCUUUAACACAAAACAAUAAACCAAAACCAUAAUUUUUAUCAAAAAAAAGAGAACAAACUGAGUUUAUUAAUUAUUAACUGGAUUCUGAUAGAAAAAAGGCGAAGAAAUAUUAAAGUCGGGCACAAUUUAAAUUUUAUCAAUUUUUUAGGGCUUUCAUAGACAGCCAGCUUUAAAUCGUUAAUUGAAGACCGAGGCGAUUACGAUUAAGCGCGAAAUCGAUGACUUUAGAAAACCAAUGAAAUCAAAACGAAUUUAAGAUAGUUAUCGAUAUAUUUGAAGAGUACAAAAUGGCGAUUAGCGACAAGUUUAAAUUUUUGAUAACGAUUUCUAGUGCUUUCAUAAAUAUUUGCAGUUAAAUAGAGCGCAUUUUAAUUGUUGACUUUUUGAAUAUGAUUACAAGAUUAAACUCUUUAACCGCUCACAGACACAGAUGAACCGUGGCUGCCGGCAUUAUUAAAUCCAUUGUUGGCAAAAUUGUUGCUGGACGCAAAAUUUAUGGUCUGGCCAUUGGGCAAACGGUAGACUUGGCUUAGACCGGCGCUAGCAGCGUUGCUGUUGCCAAAUUGCGAUUGUGUCGAUGUGCUUGCGGACUGGGCACCAAAAGUGUUGCCGCCGUUUUGAGAGAGGAAGCCCUGAGCCUGACCAAUGGCCGCUGAGGAGCCUUGACCGAACCCAUUGUUAAAUUGACCGCUGGCUGCACCAUUUGAAGCAGUUUGCUCCUGAUUGUAACCAUUCGGGCCCGGCUCAUUGAAGGGAUUCAGCUGGACAUUGGCAUUGGCAUUACCGCCAUUAGGACCGACCCCCACAUCAACGCCAGAGUUGGCGCCACCAGCACCGGCAUUUGUUCCUGCAUUUAUGCCUCCAUUAAACCCAAAAGG